AUGGUUUUCGGUUUUGGUAAGGACAACAACAACGACGACGACAACAACAACAACAAUAACUACGGCGGUAGAAACAACGAUGAUAGCAGAGGUGGUUUUGGAGACUCUAGCGACUCCGCAAGUGACAACUAUGGUUCUUCCAACUACGGAAAUGAUAAUCAAGACAGCUAUGGUUCUUCCAAUGAUAAUUUUGGCUCUUCAAAUUACGGAAAUCUGAAUGACGAUGAUAAUUACGGCAGUAGCGGACGUGGAGAACGUGGAGGACGUGGUGGCCGUGGCGACAACGACAAUAGCUAUGGCUCAUCGAGAAAUGACAAUGAUGAUAAUGGCGAUAGUAGUUUCGGUUCAUCAAAUAAACGUGGCGGAAACUCUGACAAUUUUGGCUCCUCCAACAGAGGUGGAAGUGACAGUUAUGGGUCAGGGUCAGACGAUUUCGGCUCCUCCGGCAGAGGCGGAAAUGACAACUACGGUUCAGACAACUUUGGCUCCUCGGGAAAUGAUUAUUCUCUGAACACAAAGUCAGGACGCAAAGGGAACUCUUUUGGCAAUGACAAUGACAAUGACAAUGACAACGACUUUGGCUCCACUUCUAAUCAAAAUCGUUCUGGUGGUUUCGGCAAUGACGACUCUUUUGGUGGAAACAAUGAUGAUUCAUACGGUAGAAGCAACAGAAGUGGUGGUGACUCAUAUGGAAACAACGACAAUUAUUAG